CCCUAUAUAAACGCUUACUUUGUGCUUCCCUUCACAAAUUAAUUCAUCGCAGACGAAAGAAAUGGGAGUUCAGUGUAUUACGAAGAAGCCUAAAAUCUUGCUGGUUCCAUAUCCAGCACAAGGUCAUGUGAAUCCCAUGCUAAAGCUAGGCUUAGCUUUACUUACCCAUGGGUUGCAACCCAUCAUAGUAACCCCUGAGUUUAUUCACCGCCGGAUCGUAGCCAACGUGGACCUCAACGACUACCAAGUGAGGUUUAUGUCCAUACCCGAUGGCUUUUCCGGAGAAGGUCCUUAUGAUUUCUUUGCCAUCGAGAAAUCUAUGGAGAAUAUCAUGCCCAACCAUCUGGAGACUCUCCUUCAUGAACUUGAUGAAGACGACAAUGGAACAGUGGUUUGUAUGGUUAUUGAUUUAUUGGCUUCCUGGGCCAUUCAAGUUGCUACUCGAUGUGGGAUCCCUGCUGCUGGAUUCUGGCCGGCUAUGCAAGCUACUUACCGGUUGAUCACCUCCAUACCGGAGAUGCUCCAAGCUGACCUGAUUUCCGAAACUGGGUCUCCCCGACAUGAUGGUACGGUGUCAUCUCUACCAGGUCAGCCAUUGCUAUCAACCGAAGAUCUUCCAUGGCUGAUCGGAACCCAAGCUUCAAGAAAAGCUAGACUCAAAUUCUGGAUCAGAAUCUUAGAUCGUUUAACAUCUCUCCGGUGGCUCCUCCUCAAUUCCUUUCCCCAAGAAUUCAUCAUCCACGAUGACGAAUACCAAGAAGACGAUUACAUCGCUCCACCUCACAACAAUCCUAUUAUUUUCCCUGUCGGACCAUUGACCGAACCAUCGUUAACAACACCAAAGAACCCUAGCUUUUGGAAAGAAGAUACCAGCUGCUUAGACUGGUUGGACCACCAAAAGCCUAACUCUGUCAUCUACAUUUCGUUCGGGAGUUGGGUUAGCCCCAUCGGAGAGGCCAAAAUCAAGACCCUCGCAUUAACACUCCAAUCAUUGAACCGACCAUUUAUUUGGGUCUUGGCCAAAUCAUGGCGUCAUGGUUUACCAAAUGGGUAUUCAGAUACGGUUUCAAAGCAAGGCAAACUGGUUUUAUGGGCGCCACAAUUUCAAGUUCUGCAACAUAAAGCCGUGGGUUUAUAUCUCACGCAUUGUGGGUGGAAUUCGACCAUGGAAGCCAUUCAAUGCCGGAAGCGAUUGCUAUGCUAUCCGAUGGCCGGCGAUCAAUUCGUGAAUUGUAAGUACAUCGUUAAGGUUUGGAAAAUUGGGGUGAAAGUGAAAGGGUUGGGUCAAAAAGAUGUUGAAGAAGCGGUGAAAAAGGUGAUGAAAGAUGAAGAAAUGGAGGAAAGGUUAAGGAAGAUAUACAAUAGAACCAUGGGAGAAGAGACUAGUUCUAGAGUUGCGGGUAAUCUCAAGGCUUUUGUACUUGGACUCGAUCAACUUCAACAAAAUUCACUUCACUAAAACAUGUUAAAACAUUUCUAUUUGUAAUUUUUAUUAAUUGAUAAAAGAAAAGGGUUAAUGAGGGGUA